AUGAAUCAAAUUGUGGGAAGAUUAAAGCUGGUCGAAUGUUUGCAGAUCGUAUUAUUUGGCCUCACGGUAAUCGCAGGAAUCGCUUCUGCCAGCCACGUGGACGAAGACCAUGGUAGCUCCACCUACGAGGAAAAGACAAAGCCAGUGGAAAUUCCAAUUUACAAGAAAUACGCGAUUCCGAUUCCUCAUCCAGUACCAGUGGAAAUCCCUCAAAAGAUAGAGAUCCCGAUCCCGCAACCUCAUCAUGUCCCAAUCGAAAUUCCACACCCUUAUCCGGUGGAAGUGGUGAAGCACGUCGAAAUCCCGAUCGAAAAGCCGGAACCUGUCGUGGUGGAAAAGCACGUACCUUUUGUGGUGGAAAAGCCGUAUCCAGUGUACGUCGAGAAGAAAUUUCCCAUUCCAGUCGCCAAGCCGUAUCCAGUUCAUGUACCAGUUUACAAGCACGUAUUCCAUUACACUUCAAAGGAUAUCACCGCCGUAUUGCAGGUAUUCGCAGCUUUAAUCGCGUUAACAUACGCCUCGUUCGAGGAGGACCAUGGCGGUUCCACGUACCACGAGACUUCGAAACCCGUGGAAAUUCCCAUUUACAAAAAAUACGCCAUACCCAUUCCACAUCCAGUUCCAGUCCCGAUUCCGCAGCAAAUUAAGGUUCCCAUUCCACAGCCGUACCAAGUAGAAGUACCGGUACCUCAUCCAGUGCCCGUAGAAGUCGUCAAGCACGUCGAAAUUCCUGUGGAAAAGCCGGAGCCCUAUGUAGUGGAGAAAAAGAUACCGUACGUCGUGGAGAAGCCAUACCCGGUGACAGUCGAGAAGCACUUCCCGGUGCCCAUUCCGAAACCGUACCCAGUUCACGUACCUGUCUACAAGCACGUAUUCCAUCACCAAAGCAAAGGACACGGCUGGAAACACUGA